GUUUUAAGCUAUCCUUACCAUUUUCACUGUCGCAGCCCCCCUCAGGUUUGACUGCCAGAGUUUCUGUUUCCGUCCAAUCAUCUCACACGUAAGCGCCGAGUGAGCUAGCACGGCGAAAAUGCCUUUAGCUAAAGACCUCCUCCACCCUGCAAUUGACUUUGAGAGAAGACAACAUAAAAAGAAAAGACUUGUUCAGAGCCCCAACUCCUACUUCAUGGAUGUGAAGUGCCCAGGCUGCUACAAGAUCACCACUGUGUUCAGUCAUGCACAGACUGUGGUGCUCUGUGUGGGAUGCUCAACCGUGUUGUGCCAGCCAAAAGGAGGAAAAGCCAGACUGACAGAGGGUUGCUCUUUCAGGAGAAAGCAACACUAAAAAGGGAACUGUGCAAGUAAUCAUGUGUAUAAUGGAGUCUCGCUUUUCAUAAAUCCUUAAUUUUCCUUUGAUUCCAAUGUGUUGUAAAUUCAGUGACAUGUUCUGUCAUUGUACAGAUGUUCAGCUUUUAUGAUGCAUUUAUAAAUUUACUAGCAACAUUUUUAAUAUGCAGAAAUACAUUAUGGUAGAAUCUGAUUAAGACAAUAAAGAAAGCUGUUAUUGCA